AUGCGCCAGCCAGAUAACCCUUCUCCACCGCCUAUCCAACACAACCCUCAUUACAUGCGUGAUAAAUUCCCCCAAAUCGACGAAAAGAUUCUCCAACGGCUUGUUUCUGCGACGGUCACUCGGCGGAAAAGGGUCCUAUACAAACGGCAUCGUUUUGGGGGCAUCCCUGUUAACGUGCAGGAACCAACCGCUCAACCGAUGAUCAACACCACAGACGACGAGUUGCCACAGUCUGUUCCCUUGGAGAAACCCCAUACGCGUACGGAUCAACCUGGCGAUAGACCACAGGCGUGGCUCACCGCAACGACAUUGGCAGUUGACAAUUUCGGGAAACUUUCUGCACCUUCUGCAACCUCGGCCACUAAAACAUUUUCUUUUUCCAGAUGUGAGGAGUUUCCCGUUCCUGCUGCGCCUCUUUCCAGAGUGAGACGGAUGUACAAGAAGAUGGAACAAGCCAGAGAGGAAGAACACAAUAAAAUUAUCGAUUUAUUGGACAGCCAAGACACAUCGGGGCCUCCUGGUGACAUUCCCAUUCGAUCCCAUACUUGGAAGGAAAUCAACUUUGGAAUGUCGUUCUCUCAGGCCAAACUUUAG